AUGACAAAUGCACUUAUUAAUAUAUUUAAAUCAAAUUAUGAUAAUAGCCAAUCUGAAAUUGCUGAAAAUAAUAAUAAUCAACUGCCAACACCAAGUCAAUUACUUUUAAAAAUAACAUUACAUUUUCAAAAUAUAAAUAUAAAUAAACUGAGUAGUCAAGAACAUAUCAAAGUAAUUUCUGAAGAUAUUUCUAAUAUUGAUAAUGAUACAAGUUUUAAAGUUAGCUCUUCUUUAUAUGUAAAAAAAGAGUUACUUCAUUGUUUUAAUUUAUUUAAUAAGUUGCUUAAUAAAAGAAACAGAGUUUUUGAUAUACGAGACAUUAUAAAAGAAUAUGAAAAUGAAAUAGAAUCUAAUUGCUAUCUUCUAGUGCUGAAUAUUGUAAUAUUAAAACCAGGCAAUAAUCCUAAUAAUACUGAUGAUGUAUAUAAUGCUGCUUGUAUAUAUAGAAAUGAUAUUGAAAAUGACAAUAUUUAUUUAACUGCUGAUGAAGCUAUUUUCAGACAUUUAGUUUCUUUAAAUGAAACACAUCCAGGAUUUCGCUUUUUAUUAGGUGGUUGGCACACUAAUUGUUAUUAUUACCAAUGGUCCAAAAAUGAUUAUAACAGUGUAAAUGAUUCUACUAACUUAAAUACAAACAAGAGACCAGUGAGUGGCUUAGAUGAAAGAGGUAGUUAG